GCGUGUCACAUGACGCCUGCGCUUGUUGACCGAGAAUCAGCUGAUCCUUUGAGGGACGAUUCACUCGGUCACGAUUUUAACCUCGAGUGCGUUUUAUUAGCUCCAGUUCAUUUAUAGAAGACCAGGUGAGGGGAAAAAAGGGUUUCUGGAGCUCUAAGCGUCGUGGUCCAGCUUCUGAAUUUGGAAGAAAUUGAAAAACCUGUGCAGACAGCAGCCAUGGCGCUCAGCGACGCGGACGUCCAGAAGCAGAUCAAGCACAUGAUGGCUUUCAUUGAGCAGGAGGCCAAUGAGAAAGCAGAGGAAAUUGAUGCCAAGGCAGAAGAAGAGUUUAACAUUGAGAAGGGUCGCCUGGUGCAGACUCAGAGGCUGAAGAUUAUGGAGUACUAUGAAAAGAAGGAAAAACAAAUUGAGCAGCAGAAGAAAAUUCAGAUGUCGAACUUGAUGAACCAGGCCAGAUUGAAGGUGCUGAAGGCUCGUGAUGACAUGAUCUCGGACAUGCUAAACGAUGCACGUCAUAGGCUGGCUAAUGUAGCCAGAGAUCCAACCCGGUACUCAGCCCUGAUGGAUGGACUGGUGCUACAGGGUUUUUAUCAGCUACUUGAACCCAAAGUGCUCAUCCGUUGCCGCAAGCAGGACUUGGCCUUGGUGCAGGCUGCUGUGCAGAAAAACAUCCCCAUCUACAAAGCAUCUGUGAAGAGCAAUCUUGAAGUGCGGAUUGACCAAGACAACUUCCUCCCUCCAGAUAUCUCUGGUGGGAUUGAGAUCUAUAAUGCAGAUGGCAAGAUUAAGGUGUCUAACACUCUGGAGAGCAGGCUGGACCUUUUGGCACAGCAGAUGAUGCCUGAAAUCCGAGUUGCCCUGUUUGGUGCGAAUCAGAACCGCAAAUUCAUGGAUUAAUCAUCUCCGUAUGUGAUCCCAGGAGCAUUCAGGACCAUUACAGAAAAAAAAAAAAAACAGUGUUUCUAUGUCUCUUUUUUUUUUUUUUUUUUUUUAAACUUAGAUGUAAAAGAUUGAAUUCAUGUGUCUAAGUAGUAUUUAACUUAUGAACUGUAUGUAUAUGUUUGUGGUGCAUUUUGUGAUUCAUUGUUGCUGUUUGAUUGGCUUUUAGAUUCUACGGUUAUGUUUACAAGUGAGUCUGAAUGGUUACACUCAAGACUCGAAUUCAAGUCUUAAUGAUAAGUGGAUAUUCUCCAAUAUUUAAGACAUUCCUCCAUAUUUUGGUUUACGUUCUAGUACACAUUACAGCAUUAUAGCAUUUUUUUUUUGUAAGAUGUUUACUGUUUUUUUCCUGUUGUCCCUUUUUGUGCAGAUCAUGUGCCGUAUAACUGAAGAAAACAUUUUUGUUGAAACACUGAGAUUACGUGAAUGUGGAAAUAAUAUAAAGAAAUAAAGAAUAUUCCAUGUC